CCGUACUUCAAGCGUCGAAAGGUCAUCUGCUGUUCUUCAUCUUCUCCGCACGAUGGGAUAAAUUAUCGGCGAAUCAACAAGAAUCGACUUUGGACACGCUCAGCAAUUCCCAUUGGGAUUUGUGCGAGGCGAUGACAAAAUUGGGCGAAGCGUUUGGACUGCAGCUGCUUCUCAUCAUAUCCUACGUCUAUAUAAAAUGCAUAACGAGCCCUUUCAAAUUUCUCGUAUCGAUAUUCUUCCCACAAACCGAUGCACAAACAUUUUUUCUGGUCUAUUUUUGGUGGCUAUUUCUCUACUUCUCAAUAGCGGUUGUUGUGUUCAAAGUCUGUACUGACACAACCAUCGAGGCUAGAAAAACGAACGUAAUCGUCUGGGACAACGUUCAUGAGCAUCACAACCUGUCUAUAGCUGAAAAACUCAAGACGUUUUCUGCCAAGAUGAACCACAAUAAUUACAAAUUUACCGCUUGCGGGUUUUUCGUUUUAGAACUAAGCACCCUAUCUUCAAUGCUUCUUUCAGUAACAACACAGCUUUUCAUAUUGUUUUCUAUCAUCAGACAAGGUUAAACAGGACAAAAUAACAUACUAUUCUAUUGUCGUGUUUUACACUAGUUUGUUCAUACGACGAGAUUCACCGA